GGGGGGGGGCGAGACCAGCCACGGCGGCAGGAAGGUCUCCUUCGGGCUGGAUGAGCGGGAGCAAGUCCGGGUGCUGCAGGGCAUCAGGCUCUCUGAAGAUGUAGUGAACAGAAUGAAAGAAUCUCCUCAAAGUAAAAGGGACAACCAGAGAUCGCCCUGUGCAUCUGAUGGCACAGCUCCACCUUCACCAGCUGCAGAAGGGAAACCUAAAUCUCCAGGAAUCCAGCCACCAAUGGCAAGUGACUCUGGUCAGAAGUCUUCUGCUGCAGAGCAGGAACUGUACAGGAGGUACGAGCAAGAACAGGCACUGGUCCAAGAGGAGUUGCUCCGGCUGGCCAAGAGAGAAAGGGAAGCAGCCAGCGAGGCCUUGAAUACUGCCCUUCAGCGGGAAAGGAACAACACUAACGAAGAGAGGCAGAGAGCGGCCCAGCUGGCCGUGGAGCUGCGAGGCAGGGAGGCAGAGUUGAAGCGGCAAGAAGCCUUCUAUAAAGAGCAGUUGGGCCGCAUUGAGAGGAAGAAUGCAGAGAUCUACAAGCUGACAUCCGAGCAGUACCAGGAGGCAGCCACCAAGGCAGAGGAGUGGAUAAAGAGGAGGAACACUGAUCCUGUCUGUGCAAGCCUGCAAUCUGAAAUUCUGAAGUGCUACCAAGAAAACAAACAUGAAGUGCUCAAAUGCUCGGAGCUGGCUAAGGAGUAUCAGCGCUGCGUUAGUGCAGCUCAGAAGGAGCUAUUAGUUAAUUCUGGAUAAACGUCAGCCACCAAAGAGCAGAAGACAAGGACCACAGACGCCCUUGGAAGCCCCAGCAUCCUUCUGGAUAGACACUGACCAAAACCGGUGCCUUCUGCCCUUCGCGGUCCAAGACAACAACGUGAUUCCUCUUCUAAUUGCCUGCAUGUAUCAGUCUCGGUGGAUGUUCCUGGAGUUGGGAGGAGGGUCCUGGGAGAGGGGGACCUUGUCAUUUCCUUUUUUAUUGUAUUACAAUGUAAAGAAUCAUAUUGACCCCAGGUGCUUUCAGCACAGCUUGUAGCUUGGAAGCUUGGCCAACACGAGCCUGGUUCACCCUGUGCUAGCUUUGGUUUCACCGCCCCACAUCUGAGUUUCAAGAGCUGUUAUCUUUGUCUGUUUGCUCUGGAGAAAGGGGUCCGAAGUAUUUGGAGGUAACCCUGACUAGCUUGUUAGGAUUAACUGUUCCUAGCAUGCUCCCAUCGGUUACACCAGCAGGCGCCUUUCUUCCCUUCCAAGGUUCCCUCCUAAACAAUAAAGUGUUUAAUGGUCA